CAAUCAAAUCGAGAUGCGCAUAGCUGGCGGAAGUACGAUGAAGUACUGUCUUCGGAAGAAGCGCUGGAGAAAAAAACUGCAGCAGCAGUGAAUGCCGCCGCACAGUAUUUCUUCGACGAGGAAUGCGUCAUCGAUUGGUGGAGCAAAUACUACGAAUCCAUUGGCGAAAGCGAAAAAGCACCUGGAUUUGCUAAUUCUGGGAUCGAGACAUUGCGAGUGUUUGCAUGCGCACUUGAAGAUGUGAGCGAAUACUGUGGUUUCUGCGAUUUUCUCGAUACAUUCAUGUUUCGGAAAAUGACAAAAGAAAAUAUUGAUUCACCAGAAGUGAGGAUACCUCGAGGCGAACUUAAAGCGCGUAUUUUCAUCAGGAGAGAAGAUAGAAAAGCUAACGAAAAUGUGGCGUUACCGAUUGUCGAAUUUGCGGGUGUGACGAAAUGUACAGUUCGUGUAUAUAUCGUGAGAGCUUACGAACUGGUUAGUCGACGCAAGGAUGGCACUUGCGAUGCCUAUGUUACUGUCAAGUAA